UUGAUUGAUGCUCUCUCCUUUUCCAUUAUUUUCUCUCCACACUUCCAUAGCCGGACUCUUCUCUCUUCUUUCAAAGGAAGGGGUUUUUUUCCCUAUUAGGCGAUCACCAUGGAUGAACAGCCAUCUGCUUCAAAAUCAAGAACACAAAAAUCCAAAAAGAGGAGCAGAGAUGGUAAUCAAAAUCCUGGUGGGGCAAAACAUGAGAAUUUGCAAGUAAAAAUCCAACUUUUUCAAGACCAACCAAACAAGAUUCCACCUUUAGUUGCUUAUUUCCCAUCUGGUUACAACCCUCAAACUCAACAACGACAAGAUGAAGAAGAAUCCAAUAACCAGAACAAUUCACCCAAGGUGCCGAAGGUCAAGGUUUUUAGAAACAUGGCUCAAAGAAAGGGUAAUAGGCUUCAAGUUGUGGUUAGCCCUGGUGGGUCAAAUGUGGAUUUUGUUGGGUCAAGUUUUACAGGUGAGGCUGCUGCUGCACAAGUUUGUAGGUACUCACUUGGGGUUCUUGAUAAAGAGGCUGGGACUCUCAAAAUUAUCCCUAUUGCUACUAAUAAGAUAUUUAGAUUGGAACCUAGAGUUAGAACUGCCGAGACUGCUAAUGAAGAAGCUUCGAAUUCCACAAAAAGUGAACUUACUGCCAAUAGAAUGGACAAGCUGGGAGAGCUUACUGCACUUUACGGAACAAAGAGAGAGAGAAAGAAGAGGAAGGACGCCAUCAAUUUGAAGAAGGAAGUUGAUUCUGAAUCACAAAAAUCUUUAGACAAGAAGAUCGAGGAAGUUGCCUUUGACAAGGAGGCAUUGGCAAACACCAGUUCCCUUAUUGCUCGUAACAUCCCUCCACACAAUGUUUCUGCUACUACGCCCCUAGAAGCUUACCCGCUCGACAAGAUUAUUCUCAAAGGCGACUGGGAUUUUCUUGGAGAUAUUUAUAAGCUUUGGCAAGGUGGCGAAAAAGUAGCCACCAAUGCUUAUCCGCACUUUGUUUGCAACAGAAUCCGAAAAUUGGAUGCAAUUAAGGAUGAGACACAGCAAUGGAAACUCUCGUGCAUACUUUCGUAUAUUACUCAUCUCAUGAAGUUCAGGGAUCAAUUCUCGAUGGGACACGUUAAAUCCGGAAAGAAGCAUAAUAUCCCAAGCAUUAUACAUCAUAGGUUCCUUAACCUGUUUACUGAUCCAGAGUCUAAAAUACUAGCAAGUGAAAAAAUCAAUCUCUUCAUCAGUUAUGUCUUGGUGCUCGCUUUACAUGUUGAUGGAUUCCGAACCGAUCCAUCAGAUAUAGCACAGGAUCUAAGAAUCAGUAAAGUAGAUUUAAGACAACAUUUUCUGAACCUGGGGUGUAAACUUGUGCGUCAGAACAGCAUAUUAUACGCUACCCUUCCCGUCCCUCUAAACUUUCCUUCUCAGAAUAUAAGACGAAAACGAAGACAGUAGAUGGAUCAGCUGCCACAGUUGAUAUUUCAGCGAUGUCGGUCCAUGGAGGUGGGUUUUUCGUCUUGGCGGUGCUAGUAUUAACUAUGCCGAAUUUUGAUUUAUCGAUGUUUGUGGUUUUUAUUUAUUCGAGUUGAUUGAUAACUGAUAAAAGGGUCUGCAACAUUUUUUUUGUUUUGAUGUUGUAUCUAAUCUAUAUCAAAAGCCACGAAUUAGCAUUU